AUGGCUGAUGACGGCGAUCCGGCCGAUAUUAUUGUGUUUUUACAACACCCGCCUACGUACACGGCUGGCCGACGUAUUCGCGGGAAAACCGAAUUAGAAGAAGAGCAACGGCUACGGCGUCUAGGUGCUGAUUAUUUUGAGACGAUGCGUGGUGGUGAGAUUACAUACCACGGUCCAGGUCAACUUAUUGCCUAUCCCAUCCUUGACGUUCGCGAUUACCAGAUUAAUGUACGAUGCUAUGUGUCACGACUGGAAAAAACCAUCAUUGACUGCUGUGCAGACUUUGGAGUACAAGCCAACACAACGGACAACACGGGUGUGUGGGUAGGCCAAGAUGCCAAGAUUGCAGCCUUGGGUGUGCAUCUACAACGUUACGUAAGCAGCCACGGAGUCGCGCUGAACUGCAAUGUGGAUCUGGGGUGGUAUGACCAUAUUGUGCCCUGUGGAUUGACGGAUAAACGUGUUACUUCACUUACCGAGCAAGUGGGUGCAACUAUUACCCCGCAAAAGACAUUGCCAGUGUUGGUGCACAGUUUCCAAAAACUGUUCCAGGUCCCGGUACAGCCGAUCAUGUCGGACGGGCCACUCAUGCGUCAGAUCAACUCUAUUUUAAUGUCAUGA